GUAAACAAAUGAUUGAUUGCGUACGCGAAGGACGUGAUUUGCGGCUUUUCACUUUGCUUUUAGCACUGGGCAGGGACUAGAUUUCGGAAAAGAUUUUUUUUUUAGAAACUAUCAAAGUGCGUGGAUACAAUGGAGACCUUGGUCGAGGCUGGACAAAAUGUUUUGCUUGUAUGGAGCGGACAAAUUGAUGCCGAAGAAAUGAAACAGCUUGCAGAAAAACUUCAGCAGAAGGUUGGCUCUGCUGGAAAAGUGGCUGUUGAAAAUGCUGAGCGACUGAAGAUGGCGGGUCACGCGGCGUCCAGUUUCGACCGGGCGCUGUCGGGUGUGGUGGGCGCCCCGCCGACCCACGAGGACGCCCUCCUGGCCGAGGUGCUCGGUCUGCUGCGGCCCGGCGGCGAGCUGCUGAUGCGCGACGCGCGCGGAGAGGCGGCGGCCCGCCGGCUCACCCUGGCCGGCUACACGGGAGCGGCCGCACGCGCCGAGCUCGGCGGCUACUGCUGCGCCCGCAAACCAGACUUCGAGGUGGGCUCGUCCGCGCCGCUGAAGCUGAACCUGCCGACCUCGGCUCCGCCGGCGGCGGCCGCUGUGUGGACACUCUCCGGGCAGGACGCGCUCGACGACGACCUCGACCUGGUGGACGAGGACGAGCUUCUGGACGAGGAGGACAAGCUGAAGCCGGACCCGGCCUCGCUGCGCGUGUGCGGCACCACUGGCAAGAGGAAGGCGUGCAAGGACUGUUCGUGUGGCCUGGCCGAGGAGCUGUCGGCCGGAAAACAGCCGGUCACCAAAUCAGUCACAUCAUCCUGCGGCAGCUGUUACCUGGGGGACGCGUUCCGCUGCGCCAGCUGUCCCUACCUGGGCAUGCCGGCCUUCAAACCCGGCGAGAAGAUCCAGCUGUCUCAGCGACAGCUGAACGCAGACGCCUGAGCGACCACCAGUCGGUGUGUGCUGCUUCCCGACUCCCGAGUCCCGACCCAGGGCUGGGGCGUCAGAAGGUGUGACCGGCUGUGCCGCAGUGGGGCUAGUUUCGGGCUGUUCUACACAACUGGGUGUGAACGGCAAGAUACAGUGAGCGAGUCUGACCGCCUGGUGAGGUCAGGCCGAGGUCCGUGGGGAAGCAGUGAGGUUGAACGGGUUCCUCAGUCAGUGGAGACGCUGUUAUGAGAGGGUAACAUCCGACACGAACCACGAUGCUUCACGGUGAUAGUGAUGAUAUUGCUCGGGGCAGUGAGUGGCACACUUCAUUAGUCUGCCGGUGGUUAAGGUUGAUGCCGGAGAAUUAAGUGGUAUAAUUAUUCACGUUCUGUCCAAAGUACACCAAUUUGUGCGUAUUUUACUGGACAUGGUUGAUCAAUGGACGAUUGAGGAGCCACAACGCGUACGCAUUUGUAUUUGUCAUAUCCUAGAACAAUAAUAAAUAACGAAUGGCA